AUGGCAAAUAAAUCUUUUGCUGUGGACUUGAAUAAGCCUCUACUUUUACAGGUUGGCUAUCUCGGGGAAGCUUAUGAGGAAUGGGUUUACCAACCUAUUCUUAGCAAAGGAAGCCCCAGAUGUUUCCACAAUGACACUAUAGAGUUCUUGAGCCACACGCCGUGGUGGAUUGUUCCGCUUGUUUGGCUGCCAGUAGUUUACUGGGCUGUUUCCGUUUCUCUUCAAGCGGGACUUACUGCUCCUCAUCUUGCUCUAACAGUGGUCGGUGGAAUCUUUAUUUGGACACUGGUCGAGUGUUUUCAUCGCUUCCUUAUGCACACAAGAACAACAAGCUAUUGGGUAAACACCAUACACUAUCUUGUUCAUGGCUGCCAUCACAAGCACCCUAUGGAUUCAAUGACAAAAACCCCCGCUGCAGCGGUAGCUAUUGUUUGUCUGCUGUUUUGGAACCUGUUUCAACUUUUAUCGCCUCCAUCAUUUGCUCCGGUUUUGUUUGGAGGGACCUUGUUGGGAUAUGUAACAUAUGAAGUCACUCACUCCUACAUGCACCAUGGGGAUCCUUCUAAAGGAUUAGCUCAAACUCUGAAGAAAUAUCACUUGAACCAUCACUUCACAACUCAAAGCAAGGGAUUUGGCAUCAAUCUCUCCGUAUUUUGGGACAACGUUUUCGGAACACUACUUCCCCUACCAAAAGCAGCUGAGUAA